AUGGUCGAAAAACGGAAAAGAAGCAGUGUGGAUGAUGACGCAGAGCAAGAUCAACCACCUGUGAAAUCUAUUUUAAAGCAAAGUGCAGAGAUAGCAUUUCCUCGUGGUGGUGAGUCUGUUUUGACGCCUCUUGAAAUCAAGAAAAUCUCCAACCAGGCUAAGAGCGAUGUCCUCUUUGAGCAGGCGCAUAAAGAAUCGAGAAAAUCGAAAAAGCAUGGAGGUAAAAGCCAUCCAAAGACCGUGGAUGAGGAAGAGCAAGAAAAAAGCCAAAAAGUUGAGGAAUUAUCAUUCAAGAUUCUUCAACCGGGAUCGUAUGUGUUGGGAAAGGUGGCAAAGGUGACAAACAUUGAGCUCACACUCUCUUUGGCUGAUAACUUGCAGGGAUAUGUGCCGAUUACUAAUGUCAGUAAGGAGCUCAGUAAACAGUUAGAUGCAUAUGAGGAGCAAGAAGGGUCUGAAGAUGACGAUGAUGAUGAAGAUAUGAGUUCUGAUGACGAUGAAGGAGAGGCUGAGGAUAAUGGCGAUGAACAGGACAGAAUUACAAUUGCAUCAAAGGCCAAAAGCUCUUCUUCUAGUGCCAAGUUCCCAAAUCUAUCGACAAGAUUUUCCGUCGGCCAGUAUCUCCGGGCAUAUGUCGUUGAAAACACAUCUGAUACUGGAAGAAAGAGAUUCGAGCUAAGUGUCGAGCCGGAGAAUGUGAAUAAAGGAUUGAAAAAGGACGACUUUGAGCCAAACACGUAUGUCCAGGCAUCCAUCAGGUCUGUUGAAGAUCACGGUGCCAUCUUGGACCUGGGAAUGCACGAUAUGAACGGAUUUCUUUCUAAGAAAGAUGCAACUAAGGGCGGAAUCGACUUGGCCAGUCUUGAAGUUGGCUCUGUGCAUCUUUUGGCUGUGAAAAAGCGCUCAGGUAGAACUCUACAGCUCACAAUUCCAUCCGAUAAUGUGGAAAAAGAGCAAAUACCAUCGUCAGUUUCGACUAUAGAUGCCAUAUUGCCUGGUUCGUUGGUUGACUGCACUAUCACGGAUGUCGUUUCGGAAGGUUUGAUAGUGAAAGCCUUUGGACUUGCGAAUGGUUCCAUCAGUUUGACACACAUUGGCAAGUACAACUCAUCAGAGUUGGAAGACACUUUCAAGGUUGGUGAGUCUGUGAGGACCAGAGUUUACGCCUCGUAUAUACAGGAUGGAUUGAGAAAUGUUCAGCUGUCUCUUCUUCCUCAUAUUGUAAACUUGAAGAAGCUGGCAUAUGAUCCAAAGGACGAAUCUGCACCUUUGGUUGCAUUCCCUAUUGGGCACAUAUUCGACGAGGUUACAAUCUCAGGCUGUGACUCCAACUACUUGUUUGCGGAUCUGGGAAGCAGAACUGCCGUUGGUCAAAUUCACAAAUCGCGAGUUUCGAAAGGUGCAGAUUUGGAUGCAGAUUUCAAGACUGGCUCGACUCACCGGGCCAGAGUUUUGGGAUAUUCUCUUUUUGAUAAUGUGUAUAUUCUCACUAUGGACGAGGAGAAGAUCGACCAAAAAUACUUGAGAAUGGAGGAUAUUCCAGCAGGCCAGUAUGUGAAGUGUAAGGUGGAUAAAAUUGUCCCUGGAAAGGGUAUACAGGUGAACUUGGAGGACACGUUUGAGGGUUUUGUGCCGGAUGUCCACAUCAGCGAUGUGCAUUUGCUUUAUCCACAAAGGAAGUUUAAGAUUGGCCGCACAGUCAAAGGUAGAGUCCUCAGAGUGUCCACAAACAGCACGCGGCCAACAAUUUACAUUACACUAAAGAGAACAUUGGUCAGUGCCGAUGAUAGCGAGAUCAUUUCAUCGUUUGACGAGGCCACAGUUGGAAAAAAGGCUCUUGCAACAGUUGAGAGGUUUUAUCCUGGUGGAUGUCUUGUCAGUUUCUUUGGAUUCCUCAGAGGUUUCUUGCCAAACUCUGAGAUUAGUGAGACUUUUGUCAGCAAGCCACAGGAUUUUCUAAAGCUUGGGCAGACUGUUAGAGUGAGGAUCAUCAAUGUUGAGAAGGAGAAAAACAGAAUGAAGGUGAGUAUGAGAGUUGCUGAAACUUUAUCCGAGAAGCAGACAGAGGCCAUGGAGAAGAUUGUUCCUGGAAAAACAAUUGUGGAGUGUAACAUUGUGGAAAAGAAUAGAAACAGCUUGAUUGCAGAGCUUGCAGACUCGAACUUGAGAGGUGUUAUACCUUGCGGACAGCUUUCGGAUAAGACUUAUGAUGAGUGCCGUUCGCUUUUGAAAAAGACCAAGGUUGGAUCAACCGUCAAGGCUUUGGUCAUCUCGAAAGUUCCAAAUGGAAGGUUUGUGGACUUGACCCUAAAGCCAUCACUGAUGAAAGAUGCAGCGAAUGGUGUCUUGCCAUCUGAUUAUUCCGACAUUACAAUGUCUUCAAAGGAGCUCCAUGGAUUUGUCAAGAAUGUAACCAGAUAUGGUGUGUUUGUCUCCUUUGCUAACCAGCUAACCGGUUUGAUUCUCCCCAGAUAUUUGAACUCAAACGAUGUUGAGUAUCUUGAAAAGAAGUUCUUCGUCAAUCAGUCGAUCUCGUGCCGUGUUGUCAAAAUGGAUGAUGCCAACAGAAGAUUCCUUUUAUCUAUGAAAGAGUCUGAGGGUGGCGUUAUAGAGCCUGCAAACAACCCUGUGGAUAAGCAUAUCAAGAAAUUGAACGAGUAUAUUCCUGGAAGAAUUACCAGGGCUGUUGUCAAAUCGGUUAAGCUAGCAUACUUGAUAGUUAGGCUAGCUGACAACCAGCUUGGUCGUAUUGAUGUUACCAAUUUGUUUGACAAGUUUGAGGACAUUAAGGAUCCAAAGAAUCCAACAUCACAGUUUAAAGAAGGCGAGAUUCUCAAGGUGAAAGUGAUUGGAUACUUCGAUUCCCGAAAUCACACCUAUCUUACCGAAAACCACAGGCGUUUUGAUGAGUCUGUGAUAGGACUAAGCGCCAGAAAGGUCGAUAUUGACACAGGUAAGAAUACUGAAAGACUGUAUCUCCCAACUAUUGAAGAUGCAAAGAUUGGGGACGAGAUUCUAGGAUUUGUCAAUAACUUUUCGAUUGGCGCUGUGUGGAUUAGUAUGGCCGCCAAGUAUAAGGGAAGAGUUUCGUUCAUGAAUCUCAGCAGUGACAUUUCAGUUCUUUCCGACGUCGAAAAAGUUCAUCCGUUAGGUAGUGCUUUGAAGUUGAAGAUCGUUGAUGUCAGCAAGCAGUAUUCGACUGUUGAGCUUUCGGGAAGGGCUGACUACAUCACUUCUAUUGAUUCAGUCCAUGUUGGUGAUCGUGUUCCUGCACGUGUGGUCAAGGUUUAUGAGAGUUACGUUUUAUUGGAGUUGGGUGACCAUGUUGAUGCCGCCGCUUACAUAACAGAAGCUCUCGAUGACUACGAUCAGAAGUUGGAGGAGGUUUACGCUCAAAAUGAUGUUGUUGCUGCCAGAGUUCUUGAAGUUGAUAAGCCAAGCAAGAGAAUUGAAGUUUCGCUUCAAUCCGACACUGCUAAAGAUAAAUCUAUCGACUCCGUUGACAAUUUGAAGGUGGGAGAUAUUGUGAGAGGUUUUGUCAAUCGAAUCAACAACGGAGGUUUGCUUGUUGCACUUUCUAAAGACGUAUAUGCGUUUGUCAAUGUGGCCAACCUUUCAGAUUCCUACUUGAAGGACUGGAAGCCAUUCUUCAAGCUUUAUCAGCCUGUUACUGGAAAGGUUGUGAGGGCCGAUGGUUUGGGUAAGAUCAUGCUGUCUUUGAAAGAAAGUGAUAUGUCUGGCAAAGCGCACUUGCUAAAGAGAUUUGAAGACCUCAAAGUUGGAGAAAUAUAUGAUGGAGUCGUCAGGUCCGUCGUUGAGUAUGGUGUUUUCGUUAAGCUUGAUGGAUGUCUUAACCUUACCGGUUUGUGCUACCACACGGAGAUUGCCGACCAUCCAGUUAAGGACAUUAAGAGCAUAUUUGGGGAGGGUGAUAAGGUGAAAGUGAAGAUUCUCAAGUUGAACGCAGAAAAGCAGCAUCUUUCUUUGGGUAUGAAGGCUUCGUACUUUGCAAAUGAGGAGAAUGAGGAGAAUUCUCAGGCUGAAAAAGAGAAUACUGAGAGUGAUGCGGAAGAGAACGGAGAAGGUGAAGACGAAAUAAUGUCGGAUGCCUCUGAAUCUGAGAAGGAAGAGGACUUUGUUGAUGCCACAUAUGCUAAUGACAAGUCUUCUGGUGAUGAGGAUGCCCCAGCUUUGGAAACGGAAACUGCAAGUGGACUAUCUACAUCUGAAGGUUUGUCCACAGGCAUUGAUUGGACAGCUUCUGUUUUGGAGCAGGCCAAGGAUGAAGAUGAGUCGGAUAGUGAUGAUGAAUACGAUGAGAACCUAAAGAAGAAGAAGAAGAGGUCCAAGAGAACUAAAAUUUCGCAGAUCGAGGACAAAACCGCUGAAAUCAACACCCGUGCCCCAGAGUCUGUGUCCGACUUUGAAAGAUUGCUCUUGGGUAAUCCAAACUCAUCUAUUAUGUGGAUUCAGUACAUGUCUUUCCAGUUGCAGCUUGGUGAGAUUGAGAAAGCCAGAAAGAUUGGUGACCGUGCCUUGAAGACGAUCAAUUACAGGGAGGAAAGUGAGAAGAUGAACGUUUGGAUCGCACUUUUGAAUUUGGAGAAUAUGUUUGGAACAGAGGACACGCUCAAGGAUACAUUCACUCGGGCUUGCCAGUAUAUGGAUGCGUACACUAUGCACAGAAAGCUUGCCUCAAUCUACAUUUCAUCCGACAAGUUUGAGGAGGCUGAUUCCAUGUUUAAGGUUAUCUGCAAGAAGUUUGGAUAUGAUCACGUGAUCGUCUGGGUUGCAUACGGACGGUUCUUGAUUGAGAGAUCAAAGCCAGACGAAGCACACCAGGUUCUUGCCAAAGCAUUGCAGGUUCUUACAAAGAGAAGUCACGUGGAAGUUGUGCGAAAAUUUGCACAACUCGAAUUUUCGGAAGGUGACCCGGAGCAAGGAAGAUCUUUGUUUGAGGGACUUCUCUCAGAUAUUCCAAAGAGAUUGGAUAUCUGGAAUGUCUACAUUGACCAGGAAAUCAAGAAUGGAGAUAAGAACAAGGUCGAGGAUUUGUUUGAGAGAGUCAGUGCAAGAAAGUUAACCAAGAAGCAAGCCAAAUUCUUCUUUGGAAAAUGGUUAUCUUAUGAAGGUAAGAAUGGUGACGAGAAAGCAUCGGACUACGUUAAGGCUAAGGCUGCAGAAUAUGCACAGCAGCUCGCUGAAAAGAAUUAA